CCAAUUUGUAGUUUUAAUAUGUCCAUAUCAAUACAUUUAACAAUGCAAUGUAAGCAAAGUUUAAAAACAUCAUAUCACUUGGCUGAAGACUAUUCUUAUUUGCAUUAGCCUUUUUUUCACUUUAUAUGAUUGGAAAUAUUUAUUCUGGCUACUCUAUAAUUACAUUUUUGGAAAAAUAGUUGAUGAGACUCUGAAAGACAUAACCUGUACCAAAAAAAGAGUAGAGAUUACUCAUCACUCGGCGUUAUCAAUUUUGAGUACACAGUCGUUCUUUAGUUGGAGCUUAUGUCUCCCCUGGCACGUACCAAAUAGUUUUUAUAUUCUGGAUGGUGAUAUUAAAAAUAAGAUAAAUUGAACGAGACUGAUUUUGCUCUCUGGUAAGGUAGAAUCAAGACUUCUAAACACCAUGUAUCAUUCCAUAUCAUUCGAUCAAGGGUUAGUAUUCAAUGUUCCUGUUAAAUAUCAAGAAUUAAAUUUGAUUGGAUUUGGUUCGCAAGGUUCUGUUUGUUCUGCGAUUAAUACAAUCACUGGGGAAAGGGUUGCUAUAAAAAAGCUCUCUAAAGCUUUUCAAAAUACUGUGUUUGCUAGAAGAGCUUAUAGAGAAUUAACUAUUAUGAAGCUUAUGAAUCAUAAGAAUGUAGUAAAGCUACUGGAGGUAUUUACUCCCCAAACAUUGACAGAUUUUCAGGACAUUUAUUUAGUGAUGGAUUUUGUGGAAGCAACACUUGAUUCUUGUGGAGAACUAAAUCACAAGAGACUAUCAUUUCUUCUUUAUCAACUUCUCUGCGGUGUUAAAUAUCUUCAUUCUGCUGGAAUUAUUCACAGGGAUCUGAAGCCAAGUAAUGUUGGUGUUAACUCCAACUGCACAUUGAAAAUACUUGAUUUUGGCCUCUCUAGAGCAAUUUGUCACUCAUGGAAAAUGUCUCCGUACGUUGUAACUAGGUACUACCGAGCACCAGAAAUUAUUCUGGGAAUAGGUUAUAAGGAAAAUGUUGACAUUUGGUCUAUUGGAUGCAUAUUUGGAGAAAUAAUAGCUGGACGAGUUCUGUUUCGAGGAACCGACCAAAUCAAUCAAUGGAAUAAAAUUAUAGAACUUCUUGGAACUCCCUCGAAAGAUUUCAUUGACAGCCUCACACCUGACAUACAAAGAUAUGUUCAGCAUCUGCAGUAUUAUUCUCCUACGCCUUUUGAAAAUAUUUUUAAAGUUUUGGAAAGCGAUCAAAAUCCAGAAGCCAUGGCGCAACUAAGAGAUCUCCUAUCUAGAAUGCUCAUAAUAGACCCCAGGCAAAGGAUGACAGUUGAUCAGGCUUUGCAUCAUCCUUAUGUGUAUAUUUGGUAUGAAGAUGAAGAAGUAAUGGUGAAAUCGCCAAGGUAUGACCGAUCGAUCGAAUCAUUGGAAUACAGUUUAGAGCAGUGGAAGGAGUUGAUUUUUGCUGAAAUUACUGAUUUUGAUUCCAGAAAUGGCUUUUGACAUUGGCUGUGAGAAAUUCAAUUGUGGCUUUAAACAGGCAUUUAGCGAUAAAAAUUAAGCCAUUGCACUUCAGUGUAAGUGGUGUUAAUAACACCUUUUGCUAAAAGAUGAUGAUCUCUUUUUGUAUUAGUCUUGAAGUAAAUGUUCAAAAAUCUGAUAUAAUUAGACUGAAUAUAAUUUAUAACUAUAUUCCAACCUCUAAGAAAUGGGAAAAUUAUUUAAAUUGAAUAUGUUAAAUGUAUUUCUUAAGUUGUUUUCUAUUUGCAGUAUUUGAAUUUUAUUUCAUUCAAUAUUUAUUGAAUACUGUUACUUUAUUAGUAAGCUAAAAUAAUUUUUUUUUUUUAACUUUUAACAAUUGUCAAGCACCUCUGAUGAUUGGUGCCCUGAGACAAUUGCCCUGGUUGCUCCAUCUUAAGGCACUGCUUUUAAGUUAUAUUUAUAGAACAGAACAUAUAAACCCCCUCAAAUUUAAAGUAAAAUUAUAUCGGCUGUAGUUUUAAAAUGACUAAUUGACAAACAUCUCUAAGUGUUUUCUUAUAAUAAUUGUUUUGAUUAUAGUAUUUUUUUACAACCUGGAAUAUAAGCUAUAAUGGAAUAUACGUUUGAUAUUUUGAUAAUUAUUUUUAAAUUUUCUUUUACCACACCUUUCAAUCUUUUUGUGGGAUAUAUUUUAUUGUAUGACCCUGUAAUCGUAGAAGUGCCAAAUUACUUUUAUCUUUUUCUAUAAACAAUAAAUACAAUUUUCAAAGUUUAAAUCUUAAUUCAAAAUGAAUAUCUAUUAAAUUUAUUUCUAAUGUUAUAUGGCAAAGUUUAGUAUUAUUUAUCUUUUUUAAUUUCUCAGAUUAUG